AUGUCUCCAUAUGAUCAAACCCUCAGCGCCAUCGUCGUCGGUGCCGGGCCUGCUGGCAUUGCGAUGGCCUAUCGAUUGAAACAUGACUUGAAGUUUGAGGACUUCACCAUCUAUGAAAAACUCGACGGAGCAGGAGGUACGUGGAGGACGAAUCAAUAUCCAGGAUGUGGUUGCGACUUGCCAUCGCAUCUCUAUUCAUUCAGUUUCAAUCUGAACCCUGAUUGGUCAAAAGAGCUCUGCGAACAACCAGAAAUCUUACAGUAUAUGGAAGAUACCGUUGACAAAUUCGAUCUUCGCAAGCACAUCCACACCGAGGUCGAGUGCAUCGGGGCCACAUGGAAUUCGCAAAAGUCCAAAUGGGAUGUACAUUUGAAAGAUCUCAAGACCGGCAUUGGGUUCUCAAGGACAGCUUCGGUAUUCGUCUCAGCAGUCGGUGCCAUAUCUUAUCCGCGAGAUGUCAGAUUCCCGGGAAUGGACAGGUUCAAGGGAGCAAUGUUUCACACGGCUCGUUGGGAUCAUACUGUCGACUAUGCGAGAAAGAGAGUCGCCGUGAUUGGGAACGGCUGUAGUGCAGCACAGGUCGUUCCCACUGUAGCAAAGACAGCUGCGUUCGUCAAGCAAUAUGCUCGCAGUGGGCAGUGGUACCAUCCCCGUCCAAAUCAUCAAUUCACGUCACUGGAAAAACUCAUGUUCCGGUGGCUCCCCCUUUGGCAAAGACUGGUACGGCUGCGGAUCUUCCUGGACGCCGACGAACAGACGACAACUUAUUUCCCUACACCCAGAGGAAUCAAGGCCCGACUGGCUGCUGAAGAAGAGUCGAGAAGAUAUAUUCGCUCCCGAGCCCCUCAGAGAUACUGGGACUCGAUCGUGCCGACGUUCCCUCUUGGGUGUAAAAGACGCAUCUUUGACCCUGAUUACCUGGACUCCCUCUGCCUUCCCAACGUGGAGCUCUUAAAUCAGGGUAUCCGCGAAAUCACCGACACCGGAAUCAUCAGUUCUGGGGGGGUUGAAGAUGAUUUCGACAUUAUCGUCCUCGCUACCGGAUUCCGAGUGGCACAAUUUUUAGCCCCUAUGGAGAUUGUCGGUGCACAUGGGAUAUCUCUGGCCCAGCAGUGGAACGAAUCUCGAGGAGCACAGGCUUAUUUGGGAACAUAUGUCCACAAUUUUCCCAACCUGGCAAUCUUGUUUGGCCCAAACACCUUCCCUGCCAACAAUUCGGCUCUUUUUGCGUGCGAGACCCAGAUCAAUUAUGCAGUACGGACGCUUUUCACCCCUCUUCUAGAUGGGCGAGCCAAGAUCAUUGAAGUCAAACAAGCCGCGGAAGAUCGUGAAACUCAGGCCAUUCAUCAGGGUCUGCAAAAGACGGUCUUUGCUGGAGACUGCUCCAACUGGUACAUUGGAGCCCAUGGUAGGAAUGCUGCAUCGUGGCCUGGCAGGGCGAUCUCUUUCUGGUGGAGGACAUGUUUUCCAGAUUGGAAAGUAUUCAACUUGGUUGGUGGUGACAAAUUGUGGCGAUUGAGAGCGGUGAAGCGACAUAUAGCGGACAAUUCACGGUUGCUCGCAUUAAUGGUGUUGCUUCUAGCCGCUGGCCAGUAUCUCAAUCGGGAGUCGUUGGCUGCAGUGCACGAGUCGGCCGUGAGAGUGGCAAGAGCGUAUGUCAAGGAUGUCUGA